AGUUGCGGUUCCUGUGCAGUCCAGGCGCUGGAACCUACGCGGCCUGGAGCUAUGGGACCAAGGCCCUGAGAGGGAAGUCACUUACCAGAGUGUGUAGGUUCUUCAUGCAGAGCUCAAGUCUUCUGACUCUGGGGAACAGCAAGACCUGCCCUUCGAGCUCCUCUCCUCAUGUGCUUGUCCGAGGGGGCCUGCAUUGACCCAGAGUGAAUCCGCCCAACAUGAACUGGAAGGUUCUGGAACACGUGCCCCUGCUACUGUAUAUCUUGGCAGCCAAAACCUUAAUUCUCUGCCUGGCAUUUGCCGGAGUCAAAAUAUACCAGAGGAAAAGGUUGGAAGCAAAACAGCAACAACUGGAAGCUGAGAAAAAGAAGCAGUUGGAGAAGAAGGAGAACUAAAGGGAAGUCAGAGAAUUUGCGUUUACAUGUCAGCCUGAGUGGAUUCUUCUGAGUGGCUGAGAAGAUAGAGGAGACAAUUACUGAAUGAUGUGUCAGAGGAUAAACUCCCAACCUGUAGGGUUAACUUAAAAUUAUAUGAACUUUUGGGGCACCUGGGUGGCUCAAUGGGUUAA